GGGCCGAGCGAGCGGGGCGCGCCGGUCGCCCGAGCAUGGCGUGCUCCUUACCUCCCUGCGUGGUGGACUGUGGCACCGGGUAUACCAAACUUGGCUACGCAGGCAACACUGAACCACAGUUCAUUAUACCUUCAUGUAUUGCCAUCAGAGAGUCAGCAAAAGUUGUUGACCAAGCUCAGAGGAGGGUAUUAAGGGGAGUUGACGACCUGGACUUUUUCAUAGGAGAUGAAGCCAUAGAUAAGCCUACAUAUGCUACAAAGUGGCCAAUACGACACGGUAUAAUUGAAGAUUGGGAUCUUAUGGAAAGAUUUAUGGAGCAAGUGAUUUUUAAAUAUCUUCGAGCAGAACCUGAGGAUCAUUACUUUUUAAUGACAGAACCGCCACUGAAUACACCCGAAAAUAGAGAAUAUCUUGCAGAAAUCAUGUUUGAAUCAUUUAAUGUACCAGGACUCUACAUUGCAGUUCAGGCCGUGCUGGCUUUGGCGGCAUCGUGGACCUCCCGACAGGUUGGAGAGCGCACAUUAACAGGGACAGUCAUUGACAGCGGUGAUGGGGUUACCCAUGUCAUCCCCGUGGCAGAAGGUUAUGUAAUUGGAAGCUGCAUCAAACACAUCCCAAUUGCAGGUAGAGAUAUUACAUAUUUCAUUCAACAGCUGCUAAGGGAGAGGGAGGUGGGAAUCCCUCCUGAGCAAUCACUGGAGACUGCAAAAGCCAUUAAGGAGAAAUACUGUUACAUUUGCCCUGAUAUAGUGAAGGAAUUUGCCAAAUACGAUGUGGAUCCCCGGAAAUGGAUCAAACAAUACACAGGUAUCAACGCAAUCAACCAAAAGAAGUUCAUUAUAGAUGUUGGGUAUGAAAGGUUCCUUGGACCUGAAAUUUUCUUUCAUCCUGAGUUUGCCAACCCAGAUUUUAUGGAAUCUAUUUCGGAUGUGGUUGAUGAAGUAAUACAGAAUUGCCCCAUUGAUGUACGUCGUCCGUUGUAUAAGAAUGUCGUUCUUUCAGGAGGUUCAACGAUGUUCAGAGAUUUUGGACGUCGACUACAGAGAGAUUUAAAAAGAGUGGUGGAUGCCAGAUUAAAACUUAGCGAAGAGCUCAGUGGUGGUAGAAUAAAGCCUAAACCUGUGGAAGUUCAGGUGAUAACACAUCAUAUGCAGCGCUAUGCUGUGUGGUUUGGAGGCUCAAUGCUUGCUUCAACUCCGGAGUUCUUUCAAGUGUGCCACACCAAGAGAGACUACGGGGAGUACGGCCCCAGCAUUUGCCGUCACAAUCCUGUCUUUGGGGUCAUGUCCUAGUGCUCACCGGCAGACAGUCCUUCAAGUGGCAAGGUAGUGCUGCAAGUGACCUUCAGAACCCACGAGACCUUGGUCCUGUACACAACUGGCAUUUGGUGUCAUGUCCAAGGGGCAUGUUGUACUUCACCUGCAUGAGUUCCCCAGGCCAUCUCUGAGAUCCAUUUCUAUAGCAACUGCUCAUGUGUAUUCAUCUCUCUCCCUUCUUAUGCCCCAAUUUUAUCUCCUCCUUUCUAUCAGAAUUCUAGCUGAUAAAUAUCCUUCUGAAGGAAUUCAGGUAUCACUAUAAAAUUGUUAAGAAGAGAAACACUAGAAAACAGCAAAAAAGCUCUUCCCUAGGAAAUAAAUAUGGGGUGUAAGCCCUUUUAGUCUAUUUUUGUAAAUAAAAUGUUAUAAACUUGAAAUACAACUGAUAUUUAUAUUUCCUAUUAUUUUGUAUUUUAUGAUCUUUGGUACAAUUGGCUGGUUCUAAGCACGAGUAGAUACUGAUGUCAUGGAGUAUUGUAACAUGAAGUUCUAAACUGUGAGGCGUGUUCUCAUGCUUAUAGGCAAACAAAGUAAACUUAUUUUGCCAUGUUUGCUAGAAAAUGAUUUUAUUGUAUUUGGAGUCACAUGACAUGUAAACACUAAACAGUAUUGUGUAAGAAUUAUUACAGAUAACUAUUUUUUGUUUGUUUUCUUGACUGAACUUUCUGGAAUUGUUUACAGAAAUACUGGUUUGUUGUUGGUGAGUGGUGGAUAAAAUACUACCUUGAACCAUUGUAAUAAAACUUGGAAUCUUUACAAACA